AGAUUACGCAACUUCAAGUCGAUCGUUAACAAAAAACAGAUGCAGAAAAGCCGUCACGUCAUGCCCGAGUUUUCUGCCAUCGGUUCGCGCAGCCUGUGUGGCGCAGUCGGCGACUGGCGUGUGCGAGUUACGUUACCAUUGUUGGCGUCCUAAACCCACCUCGGGCGUCGCUAGCGUUGUUGAUUUCAACUUGUGCGGUUGUCAUAGGUCACGAAGAAGACGCCGGCUGAACGCUUGCUCAGUGGUGUGGCCAGCGCGUAAAAAGGAGUUCAAUGGUCGCUUGGAUGUGCCCGAGGGCUGUAUGGCCCGUGAAUAGAAGCGCCUCCGUUACCUGGUCGCCAUGACAGUCGCGGACAAGGCGUCCACUGUUUCCGAGAAGAAGAACGGGUGUGCAACAGCGCCGACAAGCAAUGCGAAGAAGGGCAUACCUCGCUAUGGGCCGGACAGCGUGCACAGCUGGAUGACCGCAGGAGCAUGCGCCCUUGCAACGUUUUUCGGCGUUGGCGGGCGAAGGUCGAGCGGCUUCUUGUACGUGGCCAUUCUGGACACCUUCGGCGCCACCAGAACACAAGCUGCAUGGCCCAUCAUAUUACUCGGCGGUGUUCUACUUCUAACAGGUCUCAUUGCUGGGCCCUUAGCUCACCGGUACACUCCACGCCCUGUGGCAAUAGUCGGUGGGUCCAUCGGAGCCCUCGGACUUAUGGUCUCGUACUUCGCCACCAACACUGAAUACCUCGUUUUCAGCUUGGGCAUUGUCCAUUCAAUCGGCAGCGGUAUGCUGUUUGUCGUUAUUCCGACUGUCAUCAACGAGCACUUCAUCCGAUACAAGGGCCUUGCCAUGGGUAUCAAUUUCGCCGGUGCUACCAUGGGCACAUUCAUCUUUCCAAAGUUCCUCGAGCUCACUACCAGUCACUACGGCUUCAAAAGUGCCCUGCUGCUCUUCGGUGCUCUUUGUCUCAAUGCUGUGGCUUUCAGCUUGUUUCUGCGUCAGCCUUCGUGGCUGAAGAAGAAGCUGAAGGAGCAGAAGGAGCAGCAGGCCCAAGAGGAGAAGCUGCGCCGCAAGGCCGAUACUACUGGCCACACCGCAAAUGGCUGCCGCAUAGCGAUUCCAAAUGGCUCAGCAGACGGCGAGACCAAUGUGAACAAACGAGAGGUAGUGCCAGGAUCAUUUCGUCACGGGCUUACCGUGUUCUCGUGUCCCAUGUUUUACGUGGUGGUGUACUCUUACAUUGCUUUCAGCUUCGCCUUCGAGUGCUAUAUCUCGCUACUUGUGGACUUCGCUAUUGACCGUGGAAUAAGUGUAUCCCACGCGGUGACCGUGCUCUCUACCAGUUCAGUGGCCGACCUCGUUGGUCGGCUGACGCUUCCGGCGCUGGCUGACAGAGGAUACUUCACUCGCCAAGCCCUGAUGACCAUCAGCUUCGCGUGGAUGGGCUCCCUCUACCUCAUGCUUCCGCUAGCAGAGAGCUACGCGGUGGUGUUUGCAAUGGCAACAGCUAUUGCCUUCUGUAUCGGCACAACUGUUGUGUUAUUCUCUGUGCUGUGUGCGGAGUACGUGGGCAUCGAACGAGUGUCUAUGGCGUACGGCAUGGUGUCCGCGUCAGCAGGCAUGACGUCACUAGCAAAGCCACUCGUCAUAGGCUACUUCCGGGACAAGGUGGGAUCUUACGACAACUUGUUCCGCCUGUGCGGCUCAACAGUGACCCUGGGUGCCAUCAUUUGGAUCUUCGUUCACAUCAGACUGUGGGCAACAUCUAAGCACACGUGGACAUUGGAGAACGGCACGCUGUGUGGCUCUCACGAAGACGGUGGGAAGAAAAAGAGCCAGCUCUAAGGUAUCGUUUUCCGAGUGAAAGUGAACAAUACGUGCGCGUUGCGAGCCACACACGCAUUUAUUUUUUCUCACCAACACCCAUUCGUUUGCACCUACGUUACCUCCAUCGAAAUAAGCUUGCGCGCGCAUAAUCUUGCACAAGCACCCGGUGCGAACGUAAAUCAACUUGGCGCUUGAGCUCAUAGCAGGCAUGCGUGGGCGAAAUUGUUUUCGUUGCACCUGCGUGAUGGACGGAUCCAAACUCUGACCUUGUUUCGUACGAAAAAUUAUGCCGACAAGGCCGUCCCACAACAUGGCAGCCCGCUCAAAGAUCGAUCGAGAGUCUUGCUUUCUUUUUGUGGCGUACUUUUCCGACAUGCGUUUCGACUCGUUUGAAUGUAGUUUCACACUGCGACGCCUUGCAUAGUUGUGAAGAUGAAAACAGGCAGUGGGCGAAGAUUACAAACGUUGGGUGCACUAAUAGAGUAGCUUAAUGCUUUUUUUGGCCUUCAGUUAUUGAGAGGCUGUGCCAAAGAUUAAUUGCAUCAUGUACUAACCCUGCCGGCCCACCGCUGUUUUUGAUGCAUCGGAUGCCUUGGAAUUUAGGCGGGUGCUACAGCGGUUUUGUUAGCAUGAAAUGCCACUUUUUCACUUUGUCACAGUAAAGUGUGUCCAUCGAAAAGACCACCAUAAAAAUAUGUAUUCAUUGCUAUACCCGUGUAUACGCGACAGAGUAGACCAAUAGGUUAUUUGAGAUAAAGCGAAGGUUUCGCGCAUAUGUUUGCAUUCUAUUGUGCGGCACUUGCCGGACUUCAGCGUUACCUGAAGAGUGAAGACUUGAACGUUUCCUUGCUUCAAGGAUGCAUAAUAAACAUGAAAUAAAGUGCUUCAUUCUUUCCGUGUACAUGUACACGAUUCCAGCGAGUAGAGCCAGAAGAUAAAUUCACCGAGAGCGACGUGAGCGCGCUUAGAUGCAGCUGUGAAGAUGGUUGAACGAGACA